CUGCGGUCGCUUUGGCUGACGUGUUUACAUUUUUACAAGUUUGUUUUUACGAUUUCUUAAUAAAAAUGUGUAGAAGAGAUAUGUUUAAAAGAUGAAAAUUCGACAUCUUCAAUUUUACUUAGAUAUGGGUGGUAGAGCAUUAAUAAUAUGCCUGGUAUGCCUUUAUGGCAUCAGGUCUAGUUCGGCGCUGCGAGAAUACACCAAAGAAGAUAUUCUGAAAUUGAGAGAAGAAACAAGGGAGAUGUUUCAACAUGCAUAUGACAGUUACUUGAAAUAUGCUUAUCCUUAUGAUGAGCUGCGGCCUUUGUCAUGUGAUGGUGUAGACACGUGGGGUAGCUACUCCUUGACCCUUAUUGACGCUUUGGAUACACUAGCAAUUAUGGGCAACUACACAGAGUUCAACCGAGUUGUGGAGAUACUCCUACAGAAACAGAACUUUGAUACUGACAUUAAUGUGUCCGUAUUUGAGACCAAUAUCAGGAUUAUUGGUGGACUGCUUAGUGCUCAUUUACUGUCCUACAAAACAGGUAUGAAACUUGAGCCGGGGUGGCCUUGCAAUGGGCCUCUGCUGCGCCUGGCGGAGGAUGUAGCUCAGAGGCUGAUAGUGGCCUUUGACACCACCACUGGCAUGCCAUAUGGCACAGUCAACUUGAAGAAAGGCGUCCCGCCGGGGGAAACCACUGUCACCUGCACAGCUGGAGUUGGAACAUUCAUUGUGGAGUUUGGGACAUUAAGCAGGCUCACAGGAGAUCCGUUGUAUGAAGAGUUGGCUUAUAACGCUUUGAAGGCGUUGUACCACCACCGGUCGCCGAUCGGCCUCGUCGGCAACCACGUGGACGUUAUGAGCGGGCGCUGGACCGCGCAAGACGCGGGCAUCGGCGGCGGCGUCGACUCCUACUUCGAGUACUUGGUCAAAGGAGCCAUCCUCCUCGAGCGUCCAGAGUUGAUGUCGAUGUUUAAAGAAGCGCGGCAGAUGAUCGACCGCUACCUGAAGAAGGACGACUGGUACGUGUGGGCCACGAUGCUGCGCGGACACGUCACGCUGCCCGUGUUCCAGAGCCUGGAGUCCUAUUGGCCGGGGCUGCUCGGGCUGCUGGGCGACAGUGACACCGCCAUGCGUAUAAUCCACAACUACCACAGCGUGUGGCGUCAGUACGGGUUCACGCCCGAAGUCUACAACCUGGGUACCGGCUCGGCCUCCUCCAGCCGCGAGAGCUACCCGCUGCGGCCCGAGCUCAUCGAGUCCAUCAUGUACCUCUACCGGGAGACCAGGGACCCGAUACUGCUGCAGAUGGGGGAGGAUAUCAUCAGGAGUAUACAGCAUAGUGCUAGGACUCCUUGUGGAUACGCUACGAUAAAAGACGUCCGCGAUCACCGUAAAGAGGAUCGCAUGGAAUCCUUCUUCCUCGCGGAGACCACCAAGUACCUGUACCUGCUGUUCGACCCCGACAACUUCAUCCACAACCCGGGGAAACACGGCACGGUCAUCAACACGCCUAGUGGAGAGUGCAUCGUGGAUGUGGGGGGCUAUGUGUUCAACACCGAGGCCCACCCUAUAGAUCCCACCAUGCUGUACUGCUGUAGAGAAGCUAGGCAAGGAAUCAACAUCAGCGACGUUCAUAGAAUAUAUCAAAUGCUGGAAGAUGAAGACAAUAUUCAUUUCAUGACCAUGAUUGAUGCUACUACGAACGAAGUCGCUCCGAGUAACGCAGAAGAAAGAUAUACGGAAGCGGACCCGUCUGUUGAAAUUAACAACGAAUCAAAAUAUAUUAAAGUAGAGCAAGAACAAGUUUUGAUUAAAACUGAGACGAGAACAGGAUAUGUCAAUAUGGACGGCACAGAAAGGGAGAAAGUUAAAAACGAUUCUAGUCUACGAGACGUUGUCAAAGAACGUAUAGUAAACUUUAAUAACAAUACGAGCACUUCUCAAGAAUCCGAGGAGAGCAAUGAGGAACCUACUGAAACUGAUCCCCAAAAAAUAGAACCAGUGGGAGAAGUAGACGUGGAUGAUAUAAUAGUGCCCGGGCAACCACAGGAGGCAGAGAAUUUACAGCCUCCCAGCAGCACUAAGGCUAAAGAAGCAUUCAAGAUGUUGCCAACCGUAAUUCAAGAUUUUCUAAAUAGCGACUGGAAAUCUAAACCGAAAUGUGAACCGCAGCACAUUCUGGAGAGGAUCCGCAGGGAAAACAAGUACCCAGACCACCCGGACGUGGACAAGUACGAACUGCUCUUGACUCCGGCUCAGUCCUUCUUGCAGAGGAUAUCUUUAGCUGGAGAAUUUUUGAACAAAAAGCAGUUGGAGUUGUGAUCUAUGUAAGUGCUCUAUGAUACUACUAUGAUCUCAAAUAGUGGUAAAAAAGUAUCCGAAGUAUCCGUGAAUAGCAAAUGAAACGUAACUAUUUUAUUGCUUAGCUUUGCUGUAUGAAUGAAAACCGCCGAGCAGCAUACAAUGUUACGUUUGUAAAAUAAAAUGAUAUUUAUAUUUAAUUUAUACCUAAUGUUAAGUUUUAAAUAAUAAUAAAGACUGCAAGUUGCAA